AUGCUGCUGAAUUGCCGUGACAUCUUUGGCGACUUGCAAAGUUCCCCCCGCCCAGUCUGCCUUGAACAACCAACUGGCUUUGCUGGCUGCUCUGCUCUGUCGCUCCGCCGCUUCACUCCCUGUAUGUCGCUCGCUGACGCUUUGCUUACCUGUGGCACAUUGAGAUUCAAAGUUCCGUCUCCGACCCUGCCAAACUUCGUACCGCCGUGGGCCCUUGUUCAGAUCAUCCUCUCCUCUCCUCUCUUCCCCUGCCCGCCUCUCUGUUUUCGCUUGUCAGACUUGAACUCCGUCCGCUUCCCCUUAUAG